AUGGGGAAUUUGAAGGGCGGCAAUGAUCCCUCCUCUGCGGCUCAGCUGGCUUACUUUCAUGGGACGCAGUCUAAAAUCAGGAUCCUCGAGAACGUGCAAACAGGUGAAAUUGGGAGUCUCACUGAAGCUGUCCACGAGGAAGACUGGCAUGUGAGAAAGAUUCUCACAGUGCCCAGCGACACAGGGUUCAAAUGCUGUUCGCGUAAGCGACAAUGGCAUCUUGCCGUGCACAAAGACUGGGGCCAGUUCGUGGAAGAGCCGGCCGACAUGUAUGCGCAGCUGGUGGAAUCGUUGACGUGUUUACAGGUAGAUAUCAGCCAAGCAUUCUGGAUGACCGAUCCUAAAGAGCUGCUUACGGAGAAGAAGUUGGUCAAGAAGAGGUGUAAAAAGGAUGAUUCUUUUCACGACACCUUGACCAAAUGGGAACAGCAGAACCUUAUGAAGUAUGAGGAGCUUUACAUCAAGAAGUAUGGCCACAAGGAACAUCGUCAGUCCAAAAAAGAGGAAGUCUCUGAGGAAGCUGCCUGUGAGCAAGAUUUCGACCGCAUCAUUGGCAUCACCAAUGCCUUUGCCAGAUUGGAGCGGGAGCAUGUAGGAAGCCCCAGUGGUGAGAGUUCUCGACCAAUGCGUAGACGGUGGCUUGCAGCUGCUGAGAAAGCAGCGCUGCUGGGCUUUCCGAUACUGCAGUCAACUUGCAACAGCUACGGUUGUCAACGGCUGCAAUGGGAGGAGUUGAGCAACCCGCACGGCGCUCUGGGGAAUUCCAUGCACGUUCCAAAUGCAGCUGCGGUCAUUUUGAGCACCCUUCUCUCUGUGCAGCUGUGCCGAACUCAGAUCAGCAUUUCCUAA